GUUGGCAGUCGCAAUAUGAGAUCGGCAGUGCUUGCACUGUUCUACGUGGGCUUGUGGCUCAGCUUGGGGGCUCAGGUGCUGGGCAAGCGCUAUAUGCGCUGCGAGCUGGCCAGGAAGCUGCUCGAGCAGCACAGCUUCGAGCGCAGUCUGCUUAGCAAUUGGAUAUGUCUGCUGGAGCAUGAGAGCGACUUGGACACAGCCAAGGUGACAAGCAAUCCGAAUGGGUCGCGCAACUACGGCCUCUUCCAGAUCAAUGGACGCUACUGCCAGGAGAGUCGACGUGGCGGCGUUUGCAAUGUCAAGUGUGAAGACCUGCUCGACGAGAAUCUGCGUGAAUCCGCCGCCUGCGCGAAACGCAUUCAGGCUUCCGACGGAUUUCGCCACUGGAAUGGCUGGCAACGCUUCUGCCGCAACAGCCAGAACCUGCCCAAUCUGAAGCUCAUAUGCGGCAUAUAACUUAUUCAAUUACUCCCACACAGAGUCAAUCUCUGUGCAUGCUUAGAGGAAUUGGCAUGUGCUCAAAAUUACAGUGGCGUACGAAAUAAGCAGCUAGCUUCAAGGGAAUUAUGAAUUAUUAUGAUUGUAUACGAAAUGUGAUCCAAGAGUUUUU